AUGACGAACGGACCAAGGCAACGGGGCAGCGCAGCGGCGUCUGGCGGGGAUGCUGUCUCCGAGUCCGGGAAGGAGUCAGGAGGGGUGGCUCUGAAGAAAGAGAUCGGCCUUGUGAGCGCCUGCGGAAUUAUUGUUGGUAACAUCAUCGGGUCGGGGAUAUUCGUCAGCCCUAAGGGUGUGAUGGAGAACGCCAGUUCGGUGGGUCUGGCGCUGAUCGUGUGGAUCGUCACUGGCAUCAUCACGGCCAUCGGGGCGCUGUGCUACGCCGAGCUGGGUGUCACCAUCCCCAAGUCAGGGGGAGACUACGCAUACGUCAAGGACAUCUUCGGAGGACUGGCAGGAUUCCUGCGUCUGUGGAUCGCAGUGCUGGUGAUCUACCCCACCAACCAGGCGGUGAUCGCCCUCACCUUCUCCAACUACGUCCUACAGCCCCUCUUCCCAACCUGCUUCCCCCCGGAGAACGGACUGCGCCUGCUGGCCGGCGUCUGCCUACUGUUGUUGACGUGGGUGAACUGCUCCAGUGUGCGAUGGGCCACCAGAGUCCAGGACAUCUUCACAGCCGGCAAGCUGCUGGCCCUGGCUCUCAUCAUUAUCAUGGGCAUCGUGCAGAUCUGCAAGGGAGAGUACUAUUGGCUGGAGCCAGCGAAUGCCUUCGAGCCCUUCCAGGAGUACGACGUGGGACUGAUAGCCCUGGCCUUUCUACAAGGCUCCUUCGCCUACGGGGGAUGGAACUUCCUCAACUACGUCACUGAGGAGCUGGUCGACCCCUAUGUGAAUCUUCCUCGCGCCAUCUUCAUCUCCAUCCCCUUGGUGACGUUCGUCUACGUAUUCGCUAACAUCGCCUACGUCACUGCCAUGAGUCCUCAGGAGCUGCUGGCCUCCAACGCUGUUGCCGUGACAUUUGGUGAGAAGCUGCUGGGAGUGAUGUCAUGGAUCAUGCCCAUCUCUGUAGCUCUGUCCACCUUCGGAGGGGUUAACGGAUCCCUCUUCACCUCCUCACGGUUGUUCUUUGCUGGAGCCAGAGAGGGCCACCUCCCCAGUCUUCUGGCUAUGAUCCAUGUGAAGCGCUGCACCCCCAUCCCUGCUCUGCUCUUCACUUGUCUGUCCACCCUGCUGAUGCUGUGCACCAGUGACAUGUACACCCUCAUCAACUACGUGGGCUUUAUCAACUACCUCUUCUACGGGGUCACUGUUGCCGGGCAGAUUGUGCUGCGCAUCAAGCAACCCGACAUGCACCGACCAAUCAGGAUCAGUCUGGCAUGGCCUGUGAUCUAUCUGUUGUUCUGGGCCUUCCUGCUCAUCUUCUCCCUGUACUCUGAGCCCGUGGUGUGUGGCCUCGGUAUGGCUAUCAUGUUGACUGGAGUACCUGUCUACUUCCUGGGUGUCUACUGGGACAACAAGCCCGCGUGCUUCAACACAUUCGUUGCCAAGAUGACCUACCUGGGCCAGAAGUUCUGUGUGGUGGUGUAUCCAGGGGAGACGAAGGGAGGCGAGGAGGCAGGGAGCGGGGAGGAGUGCGAGCAGCUGAAGGAGUCGCGGGCUCCUCUCUCGCAGGAGGACGGCGAGACACAAAAGUCUGCAGACUGCUGAACACACACCUUGACUAACCCCCCAACACCUCAACAUACACACACAGACACACACAAACUCAGAGAAACACACUCUCGUUGAGGUAGUCAAAGUUUCAGGUAUAUCACUAUGGCAGAGGGGAGUUAACACCCACACACUCACAGACUUGGAAACAUUCAGUGACACACACUGUUAUUUUAAUGUGUUCAGAAGUCUGAUUGUAGCUUUGUUUCAAUCACGAAUGCUGUGCCAAAUAGAGAAACGGAGGAGAUGGGGGUGGGAGGAGGUGGGAAGGAGGAGGAGAUGGAGGUGG